UUACACUCUCUUUGUGUCGGCAGCAAAUUAAAACACAACUAUCUUAAUGUUCAUGGCCUGAGAUAAAUUUUCCUCACUUUCCCCAGAAAAUAUUUGAACCGUGUCUUUCUGGGAAAGUUUGAGGUUAUUUUUUCAAAUGAUCGUGAUGAAGCGAAGGUCGAAUUUGUAUGGUAAAAUGCAUGAGAGCUCGACGACGACAUCGUCGUCUACAUCAAUAGAAGAAGAGAUUGACUGUGAAUUGAGGCCAGGAGGCAUGCUGGUGCAAAAGAGAAGCGAAAAAAAGGAUGUUUCGGCCCCGAAUUUGCGUCUUAGGAUUGCUUUUGGGGCGCUCCGGUACGAGAUCUCGGUGAAUUCUCUGGCGACUUUUGGAGAUUUGAAGAAGCUGUUAACGGUAGAGACAGGGUUACAGCCAGGUGAACAGAGGGUAAUUUUCCGAGGGAAAGAACGAGAAAAUGGAGAAUACUUGGACAUGUGUGCGGUGAAAGACCGAUCAAAAGUCAUACUAACGGAAGACCCGUCAAGCAUCGAGGGGAGAUUCAUUGAGCUGCGUCGAAAUGCCAAGAUUCAAAGCGCUCAUCGUGCCAUCUCAAACGUGUCCAUGGAGGUUGAUAAGCUUGCGGAUCAGGUUUCGGCCAUUGAAAAGUCGGUCUCUAAUGGAGUUAAGGUACCAGAAGUUCAAAUUACAACAUUGGCUGAGAUGCUGAUGAGGCAAGCAAUCAAGCUGGAUAGCAUUUCUGCAGAUGGAGACGCUUCUGCUCAGAAAAUAUUGCAGGGCAAGAGAGUGCAAAAGUGUGUUGAAAGCCUCGAUGUUCUGAAGAUAUCAAACGCAAGAGUAAAGCCAGUUGUUGUUACAACAAAGUGGGAAAGUUUUGAUCCUCCUCCAACCACACCUCAGUGGGAACUUUUUGAUUGAUACUCUUUCAUUUCACCCUUUAUAUAUAUCUUCUUUUGUUUUCUCCAUUAAAAUUAAUUUUCAUGUAUAAUUAAUUAGCUCGAGAUAAACAUAUGAAAGAGCUAUACAUUCUUGUUGUACUUUCACCCCCUUCUUCCCACGAACUUUGUCAAUAAGUUUUGGUUACCACAGUCGGAGUAAUUAGAUAUUUGUUUCAUUAGACAUAGUAAUAUACAUAUAUAUGGCGGCUCCAUCACAACAUU